GAAGGGGGCGGGGCCUGCAACGUCGGCCCGAACGAGGGGACGCAACGGAGGCAGGUUGGAGCCGCUGCCGUCGCCAUGACCCGCGGUAACCAGCGAGAGCUCGCCCGCCAGAAGAACAUGAAGAAGCAGAGCGACUCGGUUAAGGGAAAGCGCCGAGAUGAUGGGCUUUCUGCUGCCGCCCGCAAGCAGAGUGCCCCAUCAUCUCUACCCCCAGGGACUCGGAGAUCAUGCAGCAGAAGCAGAAAAAGGCAAACGAGAAGAAGGAGGAACCCAAGUAGCUUUGUGGCUUCGUGUCCAACCCUCUUGCCCUGCGCCUGUGUGCCUGGAGCCAGCCCUACCAUGCUCGAGUUUCUUCCUGUAGUGCCCACGGGUCCCAGCACCGAUGGCAUUCCCUUGAGUCUGCAGCGGGUUCCUUUUGUGCUUCCUUCCCCUCAGGUAGCCUCUCUCCCCCUGGGCCCCUCCUGGGGGUGAGGGGGUUACCUCUUCCCAGUGUUUUUUAUUCCUGUGGGGCACACCCCAAAGUAUUAAAAGUAGCUUUGUAAUUCCUUGA